AUGCCUCCAGACACUCCUCCAGACAUGCCUCCAGACACGCCUCCAGACACGCCUCCAGACACGCCUCCAGACACGCCUCCAGACACGCCUCCAGACACGCCUCCAGACACGCCUCCAGACACGCCUCCAGACACGCCUCCACGACGGGAGCUCAGCCGCGGGACCAGCAGGAUGCCUGGAGACGCGGGGGUCUAUGGGGGGUACAGUCCGGUGGGAGAGGGGCUGGGGAUGCAGGAGUCCCGGAUGUACGUGUGGAUGCGCCGCGUUGCCGUGGUGACUGCUCUGGUCUCUGCGCUGUCCCUGACUCUGACCAUCUGUGUGCUCUCCAGACCAGGAACCAGUUUGUUUUCAUGGCAUCCGGUCUGCAUGUCUGUGGCCUACUGGCUGUGUAUGAGCGCAGGCCUGCUCUUCUUCGCCGAGGGGUCCUUCUGCGGCUGUAAACCUCACGUCCGUAACGACCUGCUCUGCUGGUGUCAGGCCCUGGGGAUCCUCGGCACCAUCGUCGGCCUGUGCUUCAUGGUGGCCAGCAAAGAACGCUCCGAGCAGCCUCACCUGGUCUCAUGGCACAGUGUCUUGGGACUGUGCACGUUGGCGGUCACUGCUCUUCAGGCGUCCUGCGGGUUGUGUGUUCUCUUCCCCAAACUGCUGCAGCUGUCGUCACAUGUUGCCAAACUCAAACUGUACCACACGACCUGCGUGUUGGUCACCUCCUUCCUGUCCACGGUCACCAUCGUGUCCGCCAUGUUCUCAGACUGGUUUCAGGCCUCGGUGAAGGGAGUGGCCUGGUGGGCUGUGCUCCUGCUGCCCCUCCUGCCCGCCCUGGUGGUCACGAACCAGAUCAUUCAGCAGCAUCUGCCCCACAAGAAGGUGACCACCUGA